CUUCUCGGAGGAUAUGUGCUGAGCCGAGAGGCAGUGAAUAGAUUAGCGGAAGAGGCAUUACUGAAUCCUAGAACCUGUCCUCUUGGGAAGGAUGAAGAUGUAUCCAUCGUGGGAGUGGAAGCGGGCGAUUCCCGAGACGAGUAUGGACGCUGGCGCUUCUUCCCCUUCAAUCCAGAGACUCAACUCAACCCCAUUGUGGAGCACCGAUUUAACUGGUUGUUCAGAUUCACUCACUACAAUUACACGGAAGGACCCGAGUGCUGUUCGGACACGGCCAUCGCCUUCCAUUACGUUUCUCCCAAUCUCAUGCACGCGAUGGAGUAUCUCGUCUACCACUUACAUCCAUACGGAGUCUGCUCUAUCAACCAGGCUGAUGAUGCUUAG